AUGCCGCUGCAGCUGCUGCGAAGGGCCCUGGCGGCCUCGGCCCAGCGCCUCCGCCCGCCCGCCGCCCCCUGCACCGAGCCGCGGGGGGCGAGACCCUGCAGCCUGGCCGCCUGCUCCUCCUACCGCCUCCGCGACGCCCUGCAUCCGCUUUGGCAGAGCGAGCUUUCCGUUUCUGGGGGCACUCGGCAGUCUCCAAUCAACAUCCAGUGGAGAGACAGUGUUUACGACCCUCACCUGAAGCCCCUGAAAAUCCACUAUGACCCAACCACAUGUCUCUAUAUCUGGAACAAUGGGUACUCGUUCCAGGUUGAAUUUGACGAUUCUGCAGACAAAUCAGUAAUUAUGGGAGGUCCCUUGGAAAACCAUUACAGGCUAAAGCAGUUCCACUUCCACUGGGGAGCCAUAAAUGAAUGGGGUUCAGAGCACAUGGUUGACAGCAAAGUCUACCCAGCAGAGCUGCAUUUAGUACACUGGAAUCCUGUCACGUCCACAAGCUUUGAAGAAGCUGUCAUGGAGAACAAUGGUUUGGUUGUCAUAGGAGUAUUUUUGAAGCUGGGAACUCAUCACGCAGGACUACAGAAGUUAGUAGAUGCGUUACCAGCGGUUAGACACAAGGACGCAAUUGUUGAGUUUGAUGUCUUUGAUCCCUCCUGUUUGAUGCCAUCAUGCCCGGAUUAUUGGACCUAUGACGGAUCUUUGACCACUCCACCACUUACUGAAUCUGUCACCUGGAUUAUUAAGAAGACACCAAUAGAAGUUGAUCAAAAUCAGCUUGAGGAGUUUCGGAUGCUGCUCUUUACCUCAGCUGGGGAGGAAGAAAAGAGGAUGGUAGACAACUUCCGCCCGCUUCAGCCACUAAUGAAUCGGACCGUCCGUUCAUCCUUCCGAAACCACCACCUACUGAACAUUGAAACAAGACCCAGCGAACUUGCCCACCAACAUAGCCCAUAGGAUAGCCUAAAAAGAGACCGUACAUGUUACAGUAUCUAAAAGUUACUAACAGACACUUUAUUUUUUAAAAUUCUGUAUGUAGUGUAUGUGUACACUAUAGAAUUUCAUGGUCAGUCGUUUAAAGGGAUUUGGGGUUUACUGCUUGGCAUUUUACCUUCAGUGGGUCAGCUUUUCUGUAGAAGUACAUACUUAUUUUUUACCAAACUUUUAAAGCAAGUAGCAAUAACUCAUAACAUGUAUCAGGGGUUAUUUUAAGAAUUUAAAGCAAAAUAAGGGAGUGAGGUUUCACCGCCCUAUCCCAUGUCAUAGUUUGGAUCUCAUGAAACGCUUUUGCUUAAAAACUUCUUUUCAAACCAACAGAGCAACAGUAGCAGAUUGGGGGCACAAAAAGAAGUCUCUCAUAGAUAACAGAUCAUGUCCGCUGUAGGAUUACUUUGGGGGAGGAGGGGGAAACAGCUUUCUAUAGGCAAAAAGAAAAUGGAUAUGCUUUGUAAAGAUUGAAAACAGUUUCUUGAGG